AGGUCCCUACUCCCUUCUCAUCAUGGGCUUCUUCGACGCGGAUCUCAGCUACCCCACCGUGCGCACGGAGCGCAUGCGCCACAAGCGCCGUCGCCUGGUGCAGGGCCCCAACUCCUACUUCAUGGACGUGAGCUGCCCGCGCUGCAAGUGUGUGACGGUCGUGUACAGCCACGCCACGACUUCGGUGGAGUGCAGCAAGUGCUCCAAGAAGCUGUGCCGCCCGACCGGCGGUAAGGCGAUGCUCGUCGAGGGUUGCGGCUUCCGUCGCAAGCCGGAUCACUAA